AUGCCAUUUCAUAUGAAAAUCCAACCGAUCGAUGACUCCUUCGAUGUAUCGGAAGAGGUACCUUUCCCGGAGACGAUGAAACAAAUGCCGAAAUCAAGGCUGAAGCGUCUCUUUGAGAGACAAUUCACUGUUAAGAACGUUUCGGAGAAGUUUCCAGGCGUUGUUGAUGUGGAGGCACCGCUUUCGAGAGGUAACUCUGGAGAUUUUGAGCCGAGCUCGGUUUGUUUAGCGAAGAUGGUUCUAAACUUCAUCGAGGAUAAUAACAACAACGGUGGUGGUGAGAAACAGCGGUGUGGACGUAGCCGUUGCAAUUGCUUUAGCGGGAGUGGUACGGAGAGCUCUGAUGAUGAAACUGAAUGGUCUGAUGGUUUGAAAUGUUCUUCGGGUGAAGCUUGUGAGAUUCUCAAGAGUUUGGUUCCUUGUACGAGUGUUUGGGAGAGGAAUUUACAAGCUGACGUGACUAAGAUUGUGGAAACAAGUAAGAGUUGCAUGAAAAAUGUGGCCAAUGGGUUAAUGAGCUUAGGUUAUGAUGCGGCUGUAUGCAAAUCUCGCUGGGAGAAAUCGCCUUCUUGUCCUGCUGGAGAAUAUGAGUAUGUGGAUGUGAUAAUCAAAGGUCAAAGAUUGUUGAUUGACAUCGACUUCAAAUCCAAGUUUGAGAUUGCUCGUGCAACAAAGACGUAUAAGUCGAUGUUACAAACUCUGCCUUACAUCUUUGUUGGGAAAGCUGAUCGGCUUCAGAGGAUCAUCAUGCUUAUAUGUAAAGCGACAAAGGAGAGUUUGAAGAAGAAAGGACUUCAUGUGCCGCCAUGGAGGAGAGCUGAGUAUGUGAAAUCCAAGUGGUUGUCUUCUUAUGUUCGUGAUGAUCAAAACUCAGAUGAAGAAGUGAAGCAGGAAUCAGUAGAUAUGAUAACUGGAUCGAUAGGAUCCAUAGUCUUUGGUGUCUGAAGGUUUGUUUUUAUAUAUAUGUGACAUAACCUUCUAGAGAGGUGUGAGAUUUAGUAGGAGUAUUUGAAUCCCUUAAUGGUUUUUUGAUAUUAAGGGUUAUGUAACAGAGGAUGAUCCAUACACGCCUAAAAGUGUCUCCCCCUUGGUCUUUUUUUUUGCUGGGUUGUAAGGGAGAGUGUGAUCCAUCCAAAUCUAUGGUUUGCUUUGUGAGGACUA